UGAAUUUGAUGUAAAUAAACAUCAGGUCCAAAUAGGAGCAAUGUGGAGGAGAGUCAUUAUAUGGCAGGUGCGCCAAGUUGGUCUUAAAUUAUUUAGUUCUAUUUUUUUCCUUGUAGUUUAUAAAUAAUUCUUUUCAAUUCUCGUUUUCUUUUUUUUCUUUCUUAUUUUUUUUUUGUUAAAAACGAUUUAAGGCAGUAAACAUGAUUUUUGAAAAGUAAUUGUAAAGGAUUGUAUGAAAAAAAAGAAAAUGACGUUAAUUCCAUUCCAUCCAUAUUUAUUAGUUUCUUUAAACUCAUUUUAAGACAAAGACAUAUAUUAACUUACUCAAUGGAGCUCGUCUCCAUGCUUUUUUUGAGAGACUGUGCGUAAAGAAAUUGAUUUUUGUAUUUCGGGAAGAAAAAAAUUAGAUUAACAGCAAGCAUGUCAAAAUGCCAAAGCCAUUGCGCCUUACGCGAAAACAAUCUACAUAUCCUAUUUUUUGUUUAAGUGUAAAAAAAGUCACAGAACGAGGUUGGGCGCAUGUUUUUAACUUUAAGUCUUGCAACUGUUUUUGAAUUUUUGGGACCUAUUAUAUCCCGAUAGCUGGAUUGAUAUUAACGGGUUUAAAGCACUGCUUACUUAGCUGCUAUGACAAUUUUCAGCGCUCAUGCCUGCAUUACAGAUAUAUAUUUCCUCCCUAAAAGGGGAAGCUGAUUCAACAUCCUCACAUUCAGACUUAAUCAUUGUUUUCCAGCAAAAUGAAUAUAAAAAAUAUGCACACACACACACACACACACAAAGAGAGAAAAUUGAAAAAAACAAGAAAUAAAAAAAGAGAUUUAAUUUCCAAUGCCUACCGUACUUUCUAUUGAAAGGGUUAACAAAAUGUUCCUAUGAAUAAAUUCUUGUUGUAUUGGAACCUUACUUAUAAAAUAUUUAUUGUGACCUGAGAUAAAACAUUGAGUUUACAUAAGUUUCCGCCUCAAUAAUCAUAGCUUUCUGAUUAAAGGUUAAAAUUUGCAUUAUUUCCUGUAGUUUGCUGAUUAAAUCAAAGUAAACGUUUUCCAUGGAUAAAGAAUUAUAUUGCAAAAUUUGCUCGAAUGUGUAUUCUGAUGCUGUGAUUCUGCCAUGCAAUGAUUGCGCAUGCGCAAGUUGUUUAGUAUCAACUUUAGAUAUAGAUGUGAAUCAAACUAAUAAUCGCUUGAUCAACCACUACAGUAAGAACGGGGUAAAUGAGACAGUAACACGUGAGUGUCCAAUCUGCAAUCAAACUAUAUUAUUACCUCCAAAUGGUGUGCUAGGCUUACCGAGGUUUAAAAUUAUAGAUCCGCUACUUGAAAGCAUUCGUGAGAAAACCAAAACUAAGGUGCUCUGUGAUUUUUGUGAAGAUUUCGAGAGAGCCGAAGCAACACUAAAGUGUGUAGAAUGCAGCUUUAACUACUGCAGACCAUGUUUCGACUCUGUACAUGUAAAACGCGGACCACUAGCUGGUCAUCAAAUUAUACACCCAUAUCAUAUCCGCGACUAUGGCUAUGACUUCUGCACAACGCAUCAUCCAGAAAGAAAGAAAUUGUUUUGUAUUGAUUGCCAACUAUGUGUCUGUUUCAUAUGCAAAGAGAUCGGCGCACACGAGAAGCAUAAAACUGAGUUGGCAACUGCACUUUUCGAUCAAGAAAAGAUGAAAAUGAGCGAGACAAGCAAUGAUUUGGAAGAUCAAGACAAAAAGCUUUUGGAAGCUAUUCAAAGAAGUGAAGACUUCGCUAUAUAUGUUAAGACAAUAGGCACCGAGACAGAAAAUCAUGUGAUAAGCGAAUGUGAUCGUUUGAUUGGUGCAAUUCAACGAAAAAAAGAAAAAUUUCUUGCUCAAAUUUCAAGCGAAUACAAUCGUUUGCAAGAGCGAAUCUCCACUGUGGUAAAUGAGUUAAACGAAGAUCAUAGAAUCUUGGGAGGUCUGGAUGAAAUUAUCACAUCAGCUAUAAAUAGCGAUGACGUUAUUGGUGUUCUAGAGUCGACAGCACUGAUGAAUACAAAAAUAAAAAUUGCUCGAAGUACAUGCCACGAACAUAUUUCAAAUGCAAAAAAGAACUGCAAGAUAACACCAUUCAGUGGAUUGGUUCUAGAUGUUGUACAACUAAGAAAGGAAAUAAACGCACUUUCAUGGCUUAGGCAACCAGAACCACCAAUGUUUGAAGAACGAGAUUGUUGCGCCAGAAAUAACCAAAUAUUUUUAUCAUGGCAACCACAAAAAGGUCUCGCUGAUUCGUACUACUUAUUAAUGAAUGGAAAUCUGGUAUAUCAAGGUAAACAAAAUAAGCACGUAUGUGUGGAUGUCGAUUAUAAUGCAACCUACUCAUUUCGCAUCUUCGCUGAAAAUGCUGCAGGAAAAGGGAAGACUGGCGACGAGCUGCUGAUUAGUACUCCUACAGGUUUCACUUUUGAAGUUGAUGUUAACAAAACACACGAAGAAAUAAAAGUAUCACGUGAUCUUUUAUCCGUACGAUGCAACGCAACAGAAGAACUGCAAACAGUAUUUGCUGACACCAUAUUGUCACGUGGUGUUCAUUAUUGGAAAACACGUGUUGAAAAUGUUUCUAAUAAAAAUUCAUCUAAAAGUUGCAUAGCAAUUGGAAUAACACAGGCCAAGGAUGAUGGAGAUACUAUUGAUAAUAAUGGAGAUAAAAGAGAUCGCGCAAGUAUUGAAUAUGCCAUUUUAAUUAUGCUUCAUUCUCGUACGAAAAAGAGGGUCGAUGCCAACAUGGUUCAAAUUCACCGAUCACCAAAUGAAAUCGUUCAACAAGACAUAACGCUUAGGCUGGAUACAAAUCAAAAGUUCUUUGAUGUUUAUGUUAAUGGAGUUUUAGUUAAGCGAGACGCAUACUGUGAUCACACCUUUGAAGAUAUAACGUUGUGUUCUUUUACGCCGUUUGUACAGUUUAAACAUGUGACCAUGCAAGUGCGUUUUAUUAAUAACUUAUCUAUGCCAAACGCUCGACCAGACAAACCGUGCCUCGAUUCAUCCAACUGUUUUGCAAUAAACACUGAGAUCAUGUUUCACUGGAUUGACAAAUCCACAGCAGUUGAUGCUUACAUACUGGAAGUAUUUCUGGACCUUGAAACUGAUAAAGGUCGCGUAGUGUAUCAGGGAAACAAAUCAAAUUUCCCAUAUGACGCUGAGGAAUACAAUACAACUAUAUUUGCUCGAUUGUAUGCUAUUAAUAUAGUCGGAGUGAGCGAGUUUAGUGAUAUAUUAUGCGUUAAAACAGCCAAAGGUUUAAAUUUCUCCUUUGACGACGUUAACUAUUCGGCUUUGCAAUUAUGGUCUUCAAACCGUUCGGUAAAAUAUUCAUCUCCAGAGCCCAUCGUUUUAUUCGGUGACUUUAAGUUUGAGCAAGGAAUCCAUUUCUGGAAGUUGGCUAUUGAACAAUAUGACGGGAGAGACACGAAACUUGGAAUUGGCAUCGCGGCAAAAAACACAAGCGUCGAUUUGUUUGGAGUCCAGGACUCUUAUAUUAUCAAUAUAACAUCGAGCAAACCAAGCGAGACACCCAUGUUUACAAUAGAUGUUGUUAAGAAGAAAAAAGUUAUCUUGCAGACUGAGUUUGCGUUUUUGGUUGAUCAAGGCAAAAGACGGCUUUAUUGCUAUGCCAACGGAAUGUUGAUUACACCGACCACUGAUGACGUGUUAAACAUUCCCAGAAGUCUUUGGACAUUCUCCAGCUUAAAGCCCAAUCUUUACCCGGCCGUCAAAGUUGAAGGGAACAUAAAGUUUUCAAUGCUAUGUAAUCAACCAAUGAUACAAAGGCCUAGUCCUCCCACCUUUGGAAAAUGUUACUGCGACAAUAUAACCUGCAAUUACACGUGGUUUCCAUCUGAUGAGAGCAAUUCUUAUACGAAUUAUUGCAUCUUAAACGUGUCCGUAAUCACAGGAGGAAAUAAGAACAACAGCAAGAAGGAUGAAGUGUUCAAAGAAGUAUUUCGAGGCCCCUCUACCACAUUUUGUUUAAAGCAACUACCUUAUAACAGUAAAAUAACAGCAUUUUUGACCGCCAUGAACACCGUGGGUGAGAGUGAUGAAUCUGAGCGAAUUGUGUUGUUUACAGCUAAAGGGUUUUUCUUCGAAUUCGACGAAAGAUUUAAAUCACCUUCACUUGUCUUGUCUAACCAGAAUCAAACAGUGCAGCUCACCAGUCCAGUACAUUCGUACGUGUUGGGCAAUAAAGUCAUGAAAAAAGGUUUCCAUUCAUGGAAAAUUGUUAUCAAUGAAUUUUCUGAACAAAACCAAAUGAGUGUGGUUGGCAUUGGUAUUUCACAGUCUAAGUUAAAUGAUCCUAUCUUGGGAGAAGAUCAAACUUCGUAUGCCGUACAAAUUAUUGAACAUCCGAAAGUGAACAUACGACAAACAAAGCACCGUCAUCAACUGCAAAUGACGUCGCAAAAAGCCGUUAAAACAGUAGUCGUUGUCGAGUUGAACUUGGAUGACAAUUGGAUGAACAUUUUUGUAAAUGGUAGCCAAUUACGUCAUAAUCUACAAGCAGUUGGCCAGCCUACGUUUGAUAAUGUUUGCGGAGAAUACUUUCCAGCGGUCAGUCUGUACGGUAGCCGAAUUAGAUUGUCGAUUGGUAGCAUAAAUGAUUGAUAGCUGUCAACUUGCAUGUCAAAACUUUCAUCGUAAAUACUUCAAUUGCAAUAUAACAAAAUUUCACACAUUUUUUCCAGUGAAGAAAAGGGCGAAACAUCCAUAACAAACCUUGGCAAUGUGCGCGAUUUUUUUUAUUGACUGAUUUCUUUAUUUUACUGAUUAACAUGCUUGAUAACUAUGUCAUGAAAUAUCUCAACUAAUUCCUAUACAUCCUCGUCCCACGUAUCUCCCAAUUAAUUUUAAAAAAGAUUAAUUUUAUUGCACGCGUGCACGUUACUAAUAUGCAAAAUUAACAUUCCAUCUUUCUAUAAAUUAAUUAUAAAUAUAUUGUAUAUUAUUUAGUAUAUUAAUUUGGAAAUCGAACUUAAUUAAGCAGUAUUGACAUUCCAUAGUUUCUCUUUGUCACGUAAUGCUUAUUAAUCAAAAAAAUUUAGGUUACCUUCAGUGUAACGUGUCCUAGUGGUUAUGUAGUUGGCUUCGUAGUCACAAAGGGCGUUGUUCGGUCCACAGGGCGCUUAUGUUUAGCAAGUACUUUCACUACAGCUACCAGUCAA